GGCGCGACUUAUAUAUGGUACCAUCUCCAUAACAAAAUCAGAGCUCGCCGAGAAGAUGGCGUCAAUUGUAACCUCGCAGGCUAUGCAACAUUCAGCAGAUGAUGAUGAGACGUGGCGCGACAACUUGCAGCUACCAGCUAAGGACACCCGCUACCAAACUGAAGAUGUAACGCUAACGCGAGGGCAGGAAUUUGAGGACUACUUUCUGAAGCGCGAGCUCUUGAUGGGCAUAUUUGAGAAGGGGUUUGAGCGACCCUCGCCUGUCCAGGAGAGAGCGAUUCCGAUUAUACUCCAGAACCGAAAUGUUCUCGCACGUGCUAAGAAUGGGACUGGCAAGACUGCAGCGUUCAUUAUUCCCUGCCUCGAGAAAACAGACCCCUCCAAAAAAUUUAUACAAGUGCUCAUCCUAAUCCCAACUCGGGAACUUGCACUUCAAACAUCAGCCGUAGUCCGUGAACUUGGGAAACACAUGAAAGUUGAGUGCAUGGUAUCCACUGGUGGGACCUCCCUGAAGGAUGACAUUAUGCGUCUAUACAAGCCUGUCCACGUACUUGUCGGCACACCAGGGCGCAUUCUUGACUUAUCAGAGAAGGGCGUCGCAGCAUUGGGUCGCUGCCAUACGGUCAUCAUGGAUGAAGCUGACAAGCUGCUUUCGCCGGAGUUUGAGCCCCUCCUGGAAAAACUCGUGCACCACUGCUCCCCCGAGCGCCAGAUCUGUCUCUUUUCAGCGACGUUCCCUGUUACGGUGAAAAAUUUCAAGGAAAAAUUCAUCCACAAUCCCUACGAAAUUAAUCUCAUGGAUGAUCUCACGCUAAAAGGCAUAACCCAGUUUUAUGCUUUUGUUGAGGAAAGACAAAAGGUGCAUUGCCUACAUACACUAUUCACCAAGCUUGAGAUUAAUCAGUCAGUCAUUUUUUGCAACUCAGUCAACCGUGUGGAAUUACUCGCCAAAAAGAUCACCGAACUCGGCUACUCGUGCUUUUACAUCCACGCUAAGAUGCAGCAAUCGCAUCGUAAUCGCGUCUUCCACGAGUUCCGCAAUGGCUCUACUCGUCACCUCGUUUCCUCCGACCUCUUCACACGUGGUAUUGACAUUCAGUCCGUUAAUGUUGUCAUUAACUUCGACUUUCCAAAAACGUCGGAAACCUACCUUCAUCGCAUCGGGCGUGCAGGACGCUUUGGACAUCUUGGCCUUGCUGUAAAUCUGAUAACAUUCGAUGAUCGCUUCAAUCUCUAUCGCAUCGAAUCAGAGCUCGCCACAGAAAUAAAGCCCAUUCCGCCAACAAUCGAACGUGAGUUAUACUGUCGUUAGGCUAGAUAUAUGAGCUGCGUUCAAAAGCAGCAGGCCUUUCUGCGAUAUAGAUUGGACUGAUGUCAUACCUACUACGUAUAUGUACUCUAUAUCAGAUUAUAGAGUGCUAUACUCAGGCGCCAAUGCAGACUGUGAUUGGCUAAGGGGAAUGUCCGAGCUGGCGAGAGUCCAUUUGGCGCUAAGGGCGCCUGGGCAAAGCACCGGGCCGUUGGCGGUGUUAUCGCGGCUGUCGAAGCCCGCGGGAAAUACGACGCUUUCUAGUUUGGGGCCUAGCCGCCCCCUGAACGCGGGAAACUCGACGCGUUCUAGUUUGGAGCCUGCCCACCCCCCCAGCGCCUGAGUAAAGCCCCCAGCUGCCGACCC